UCGGCCACCCCGCUCGAGGGGCACCAGAUAAGGCUCUCCCUACAAAUUUACUGCUAAAUAUUGGAUAGUGUCCUAGCGACGCUUCCUCGCUCGCUUAUUAUAGAGCCGAGAUGACUCCGCCAUGGUCGCUCUGAUUGCGACUGUCAUACUGUGCUUGCAGAUACGUUGAUGGAUAUCGACCAAGAACCCAGUCUCGCAUAAUGACAAUCCCCGCAAAUCCAACCCCCUCAUUCUGGGCUACCGCCUUGUCAUCUCUGUCCGAGAAGGACCGGCGGAUCUUCAAGCUCUCCAAUACAUCACCUCCAGACACUAGACAAAUCCUCACUGAAAUAUUGGCAGCGCUCGAGACACAGCGCGACCGAUGCAAAAGAGACAAAUGGACGACUAUCAGCAUCGGAGGAAAAGAGCUUGUCAUUCGCGAUGUGUGUGCCAAGAUCGCCGUCAGUAGAAGCCUAUCGACUACGACGAGCGGAAGCAACUCACGCCGGAGAAAGACCAGCACCGCUAACAGUGGAAGAAUAUGCAUUAGAUGAGUGCAACUCUCAAGAGCGUGGCAUAAUUCUUCAGGCUCUUGGGGAAAUUCGACGCCGGUGUCGAGAUGUCGUCAAGGUAUUCGUGUCUAGUCGCCAUGAAACAGACAUU